AUGGCCCCCCAGAGCCGCGGGCGGAUGGAGCCGACCUAUGUUGUGGGUAUCUGCUGCCUGGUACUGCUGGAGCCGGCUCGGGUGUGGAGCGGCGACCCCAGCACCAGGGGUCCCGGGGAGAGCGGGAAUAGCAGCCAGGCACCGCCGCCGGAGACCACGGUUCCCGCGCCCACCGGAGCGGCACCACCGGGGGGGGACCGCUGCCGCGGGUACUACGACGUGAUGGGGCAGUGGGACCCACCGUUCAACUGCAACGCCGGCAUCUAUCAGUACUGCUGCGGGACCUGCGGGUACCGCUUCUGCUGCCAGUUCAAGCCCGGGAGGCUGGACCAGAGUGGCUGCUCCAACUACGACACCCCCAACUGGGUCAACACGGGCCAGCCGCCUGCCCGGGUGGACGAGACCCCCGAGGAUCCCACUCGUGACAAGACCAACAUGAUCGUCUACAUCAUCUGUGGUGUGGUGGCCAUCAUGGUGCUGGUGGGCAUAUUCACCAAGCUGGGCCUGGAGAAGGCACAGGGUCCCCAGACAGAAAUGACCGUCUCCAGGACAUUGACAGAUCUGCUGAAGCAGCCAGGCCACAGCCCCUCUGAGAACAUGGACAGCCUCAUGGGAGGUGUGCAGGUUCCGCUGGGAGAGGGACUGGCCCGGGGGCCCCCUAGAAACAGCACAGACAAGCCACCCUUGAACAACGCAGUGGCCAUUGCCCCCUCAGUGGGGAGGCCCCACAGCCAUGGCAAGCGCCUGCCACUGGCCCUGUCAGCCCCGGACUACACUUCCUACACCACCCUCAAGGUUGGAGAGAGCGCCACCGAGGACUUCUACAGGCGGUUUGGGGGGCUGGAGCCACCCCCCGCCAGCACACUGACCUUCCCAGCAGAGACCCCGGUGCUGGCCGAGGGCUGCCCCCUGCCCAAGGCCAAGGGCCCCAAGGUGCCAGGGGGUCUGGCCUUCCCAGGGGGCUGGGAGGGGGGCCCCCACCGCGGCCCCCGCCGGCCGGGCCUGGCCACCCUGCGCUCUGAGGGGCCACCCGAGGCCUUGGGCCCCUCCACCUCGCUGUACGGGCAGCACCCGCGGCACCUCGCCACCAACAGCAAGACCGAGGUCACCGUCUGA